UGCUUCACUUAAAACACAACCAAAACCCAGAAAUACUUUGAUCUCAUCUGAGUAACCUAAAUCAGCACUCACUCAAUAUCCAUAUCUAUAUCUACCGGUUCCUUACUUCCAAGGUUAUCAUCGACUCAUUAUUGAAUGUCUUUAUCUCACUGAUAUCGACAUACUGUACUAAAUACACUAGCUACCCCUUUCUAUACAGGGAGAGUACAAUCAGUCAGAUAUCACCAAAAACCCAUUCACAGAUCAUCCAACCCAAACCCAAACCACCCCUCCUCCCCCCACCUUCCACUUUAAGACGUGGCAGGAGAGCAUUUGACAUUAAAAUCUAAUAACUUCCUUCCUCGACAACUCACACUCCAUACAUUUUUGAGUCCCAUCAAAUCAAUACACACUGCAUCCACUUAUUCUUGGUUAUCCCGAUAUAUCUGUUUGCUCUUCCUGCACUCGUACUAUUGGUCUCUUGUUAAACAUUGCGGAAGAAGCUUGUAGCGAAGCCAAUCCCUUUCAUAGUCAAGGGUUCUGAGAUACGGGUUGGCAAAUAUGUUUUCUUCGAAGAAACCAUAUUCAGCAGUUACUGUCGCUAUCGAACGCCUCACUAGUGAAGAAACCGAAGAUGGUGCCUAUGGGGGUAUUCCAGAUUUGGUAGACGUUAUCAAACUUCAAUCUACUGGUCCUAGAGAAGCCACUAGAGCUCUUCGAAAGAAGCUCAAGUAUGGCAAUGUACAACGUCAGCUUCGAGCUUUAGAAAUUUUGGAUGGCCUCGUUCAGAAUGCCGGCCCAAAAUUUGAACAUGUUUUUGGCGCCGAUGAUGCUUUCCUCGAACGUCUACGUGUCUGCGGUGUUUCAAGCACUUCAGAUCCUGCAGUGAGAGCUAAGUGCAGAGAGCUAUUUCGAGGCUGGGCCAUCAAAUAUAAGAAGGUCCCUGGAAUGGAAGAUGUCGUCAAUCUACUUCAUGCACUGCCUGAUACAAGGAAAGUUGUCACGCAAGAUAGAUCGAAAGUUCUUCGCGAAACAGAGGAAAAUCCCUUCCAGGAUGAUGAGCUUGAGGAGCCAUCCACACCUGGCUCUUCUAAAUUAGGCCCUUCUAAAGCCGGACCUCCUCACUCAAGACAAAGUUCUUUAACAACUGCAUCUGCUAGUACUAGAGAACGGGCAUCCUCUAUCAUGUCUGGAUCUGCUAAGAAGGUCAAGAAAGAUGAUAAAAAGGACAAGAAGAAGAAAAAUAAGCCUUUCAACCUAGAAGCCGAGAAAGAAGCAAUGAAGGCUGCUAUUGCGGACUCAACUGUUGCAUCUACCAAUCUUUUAAAUGCCUUGAGACAUAUCGAUCGAGAGAAAGAGCGAAUCUCUGAAAACAAAACAGCUUCGCAGUAUUUUGACACCUGUAAAUUGCUACGAAGAAAGAUUCUCAGAUAUAUCCAACAUGUAGAGGCCGAAGAAUGGCUUGGAGGGCUUCUUCACGCAAAUGAUGGAUUGGUCAAUGCCUUAAUGACAUUUGAACAAUUGGAUAGAUCGAUUGACGCAGACAGUGACUCUGACGACGAAAUGGCCGAGCAAGCUCAUCUUUACAAAAUGGCGGAAAUUGGUAAUGCGGACCGUAAGGCAGGCCGUAGAGCUAGUGAUUCAACAACACAACAAUUGCAUGAUCUUACGCUCGGUACCGGCCCACUUACAGGCCCACAUAGUCCAACCAAGCCAGCUCAUCGUCCUGCACCACCUACUCCGGUUCAAACGACUCACCCGAGACAGGAGGAAUCGGAGGACGAAGAGGAAGAGGAGGAUGAAAAUGACCCUUUUGCUGAUCGCAAUGCUCUUGAUUGAGCGUAGGUUUUGGAUACCCUGUUAGAUCGGAAGACUACCAUCUGGGGUAGAGGAUUGUUGUAGAUUGUUGUGAAUUGGUCGAAGUGGAUUGGUUGAUUUAGAUUGGCCGUUUUGAAAGCAGAUGGGAGUUGUUGUAUUGGCAAAUCAUAGCGUGGAUGGAGGAAUAUCUUUUGGUGCGGUGCCGUGCCGUGCAGUGAGGUGUGAAUCUUGGCGAUGAUGGACUGAGGCUGAAGAAAUCAUGGAUAAUGAAUGAACGGAUGGGCGAUAGAAUAAUUAAGUACGAAAGUUUACCAAUUGCAUAGUUUAGAACCAUGAUUACGUUUUAG